CGGGGCGGGCAAGGAAAGAAGCGGCAGAGCCCGCCACGGGGUGCCGCCCGCUCCCCGCCGGCCUCACGCCCACCCCGCUCCCCCCCUCUGCAGUCCCCGGGGCCGGGCCGCGGCGGGGCGGCGGGUAAGUCCCUCCCCGAGCGGGGCGGGAGUCGCGGGAGUCGAGGUGCUGCCGGCGGAGGGUCCCGCCGCGAGAAUUUUUCAAAUCUGAUUUUUUUUCCCGUUACAAUAGCUGAAGAAAAAUGUCUUCCUUGAGUGGAAAGGCACAAACUGUGCUGGGCCUGGUGGAGCCGGAGCAGCUCGGCUGUACGUUGACACAUGAACACUUGUCCAUGGACUACAGCAGCUUCUUCUGUCCACCUUCACCAGGCCAGGAGCCUUUGUCUGAGGGGCCCAUCAAGAUGAAGAACUUGUUUUGGAUCAAGCAGAAUCCCUACAGCCAUAAAGACAACCUUCUUCUGUGUCAGGAGAUGGAUGCCGUGAGGGAGGAGCUGCUGCAUUUUAAAGCAGCAGGCGGUGGAACUAUUGUGGAGAACACGACCAUGGGAAUCCGUCGGGAUAUGAAGACUUUGAAGAAACUCGCUGAAGAAACUGGAGUCCAUAUUAUUGCUGGGGCUGGGUUUUAUGUGGAUUCCACACACUCUUCUCAAAUGCAGGCUAUGACAGUGGAGCAGCUCACAGGCAUCAUUGUUGAUGAGAUCCUCCACGGAGCAGAUGGGACUGACAUCAGGUGCGGUGUGGUGGGAGAGAUCGGCUGCUCCUGGCCCAUGACUGCAAGCGAGCGCAGGGUGCUGCAGGCGGCUGCACACGCACAGGCACAGAUCGGGUGCCCCAUCAUCAUCCACCCUGGCAGGCACAGCGAUGCACCCUUCCAGAUAGUUCGCAUCCUGCAGGAAGCCGGGGCUGACACUUCCAAAACAGUCAUGUCUCACCUCGACAGGACAGCUCAGGGCCAUGCUGCCCCAACAUCUACACCCAGCACACGGACCAGCCAGUGGAACUGGGAGCUGCUGCUGCUGCAUCAGACCAUAUUUGAUACAAAGAAACUUCUGGAAUUUGCAAAACUUGGAUGCUACUUGGAGUAUGACCUAUUUGGUACAGAAUUUAUCUAUUACCACUUCCAACCUGACAUUGACAUGCCAAGUGACAAUGACAGAAUUGCAAGGAUUCGUAUGCUGAUCGAUGAAGGCUACGAAGACAGAAUGCUGAUGGCUCAUGAUGUGCACACAAAGAAUAGGUUGAUGAAAUACGGAGGUCACGGAUAUUCACAUAUCCUCAAAAACAUUGUUCCUAAAAUGCUGAUUAGAGGCAUAUCACAGGAUAAAAUUGAUAAAAUACUGAUAGAAAAUCCAAAGCGGUGGUUGACUUUUAAGUAAGAAUAGUGAAUUAAUAUCCCUACCUUAUAGGGAAGAUUGGUGCAAUUCAGAUUGAUUUAGGAGAGCAGCCAUUUAAAUACGUGCUUCUUUUCAGAGAUCCAGAAGGUAUUAGUGCUAUGAACAACCUGAUCAUGACUUCUUAAUUAGACCACCAAAAUUACUUAUUUUCUCUGUAUUUCCUCCCUUCUAAAAGUCCAUUCAUGAAUGAUUUGCUGGAUAUGCAAAAUCUUUUCAGUGUAUUAAAAUAAUUGUUACCAAAGAGUAAUCUCAUAUUAUUAUUACAUUCUCCAAAAAUAUUUUUGAAGAAGCAUCAUCUGAGCUUUGAAAGAAAUCACAGUUUUCAAUUAAAUUCCCCUUCUCCAGGGUGUGAUUUUCAUUCGUGUAAUAUUGAUAAUCUGCUAAUUAUCCCUUUAUUAAGCACUAUUUAAAUGAUAGAAGGUCUGUCACUUUUAAAUCACUUCCAAAGAGAACAGAGGGCAAAAUUUCAAAUAAUUCUAAAAAGAUGCUGCUUCUUUCUUGUUGAACAAUGUACUGAUUUCUAACUGAAACUGGCAGAAAAAAUACAUGACAAAUACUAUUUUUUAAUAAAGCAAUUUGUAGACUCCUGUA